AUGGAGGACAUUUUAAACGAAAUAAUAUCAUUAAGUGAAAAAAAAAGGAAAGAAGAACAACUGAAAGGUAUGGAAGAGAAAGAAAAAAAGCAUGAGAAUGAUCAUAUUGUAGAUAUAAAAAAAAUAAGAGAAGAAAAAUCGGAAUACGAUUUUAACAUAAGAAAAGAAAAUAAAGAUACAAUAAAAGAUAUUAUUACAAAAAAGAAGAAGAAAUCAAGUGAUAGUAUAAAAGAUGAUAAUACAAGUAUUUAUUGUGAUGCUUCAACUAUAUGUACAAUUGAUGAUGAUAUAAAUAUUGAGAAAGCAAAUAUAUUUAGUAAAAUAAUACAUGAUAAGAAAAUGAAUGAAGAUAAUUAUAGUAAUAUUAGUAGUAUAAAUAAUAAUAAUUAUGAUGAUGAUAUAUUAUAUUUUAAUGAUUUAGAAAAGAAUAUUGAUGAAAAUACACCUUUAAAAGUAAAUGGAUAUAAUAAUAAUUUAAAUUCUUAUUUAUUACAUGUAAAUGAUAUUAAUACAAAUAUUUCAAGUAUAUACAAAAAUAUUGAUAAAAUUAAUGUUAUUAAAAAAAAAAUCGAUUUAAAUAUUUAUGAUAACGAGAAAUUAUAUAAUAAAGUUAAUGUUAUUAUAACCAAUUCAGAAGAUAUCGUAAAAUAUAUUAAAUUAAAAAUUAAUGAACUCAAUAAUGAAAAUAAUGAAUUCGAAAAAAAUAGUAAUAUGGUCAGCGAAAUUAAAUUAAGAAUUAAUAUUUUUAUUGAUGUUGUAAAUAAAUAUAAAAGCUGUAUUAAUAAAUAUAAAAAUAUUUGUAAUCAAUAUUACGAAUAUGUUAAUAAAAAUAUUAUAAAACAUUAUAAAUUAAUACAUCCUAACUUAAAUGAUCAUACCAUACAUAAAUUAUUAAAACAAAAUAAUAAUAAUGUAGAAGACUUUUUAAAUAUUAAUAAAAAUUCUUUUUAUGAAAAAAAUAUUUUCUGUACAAGUGUAGAACAAAUAGAAAUUGAAAAACUUAAAAAAAAAUAUAACGAACUAAAAAAUUUAGAAAAUAAUAUAUUAUCAUUAAAUGAAUUAUAUAUAGAACUAGCAUAUGUCAUUAAAAAAAGAAAAAAUCUAAUUAAUAAUAUUGAAAAUAAUGUUUUCCAAGUUAAAGAAUAUACACAAGAUGCUCUUAAUAAUAUUGUUGACGCAAAAAAAUAUAAUGCUAUGAUUAAAAAAAGAAUAUUAUAUUUUAGUAUCUUCUUAUUAAUUGUUGCAUUUAUUAUUUUAUUCCCCGUAUUUUUCAACUACACAAUAUUUUAA